GUCUUCCCGCGCUGGCUUCUGUGACAGCCGGGUGCCCACUGCGCAUGUGCUGCGCUUUGUGAAUGAUCCGGUGUCUUCUGGGACACAUGAAAGGUCCCAGAAGGCGCCGGGCCAUUCACAAAGCACAGCGCUUCUCGCACAUGCGCAUCUCUGGUCAUCUCCUGCACUGUGUCCGCAGUCUCUGGUCAUCUCCUGCACUGUGUCCGCAGUCUCUGGUCAUCUCCUGCACUGUGUCCGCAGUCUCUGGUCAUCUCCUGCACUGUGUCCGCAGUCUCUGGUCAUCUCCUGCACUGUGUCCGCAGUCUCUGGUCAUCUCCUGUACUGUGUCCGCAGUCUCUGGUCAUCCCCUGUACUGUGUCUGCAGUCCAUUGGUUCAGAAUAUUUUUUUUUCUUGUUUUUCACCUCUAAAACCU